AUGAAGGUGCCCGUCGCCCUGCUCGCCUUGGCCAGUUCUUGCUGCACAGCGCUCGCGUUCGACCUGAAGGGACGCAUUCUAUGGAAUGAUGUCUGCAGCAGUCUUGGCGAACUGGGCCAGGCGAGCGUCGUGCUCGACCACGGGCGGCUGCGCGGAGGCGUGACGCGCGACGGCGGGUUCACGAUCCCGGACGUCCCCGCAGGUACGUACAUCCUCUCCGUGCUCGCCCACGACCACGCCUUCGACCAGCUCCGCAUCGACGUACCGGCGAACGACAGCUCCGCCGCGCCGGAGGUGCGGCCGUACACGCCCGGGACGCCGCUGGACCCGGCGGCGGCGGUGCAGUUCCCGUACCCGCCGCUGCUGACACCGCGCGCGCGCCACGACUACUUCGUGCCGCCGGAGGCGUUCAACUUACUAGGGAUGUUCCAGAACCCGAUGAUGCUGCUCUCGGUCGGCGGGGGCGCGCUGAUGCUGCUCAUGCCGUAUCUGAUGAAGAAUAUGGACCCGGAGACGCUGCAGGAGAUCCAGGGGCGGCAGGCGCGGAUUAAUAGCAUCCAGAGCUCGAUCCAGAGCGGCGAUAUCAGGACGGGGAUCUCGGAGCUGCUCAGUGCGGGCGACGAGGCGAAUGCGAGCGCGAAGGCCGCGGCGUCGGGCGCCGCGAAGGGGGCGUCCACUGGCGCGAGGGGGCGUGGAGGGAAGAAUGUGCAUCGGCGGCGGUAG